GUUACAAUAAAGGAUAUUGCUUAAAUAAAGGACACUGAGGAGAGCGCAGGGGCGGCAGUAGCAGCAGCGAAUGCGAGCAAGCGAGGUGGCGGAGGGCGGUGGUCCUAACCUGUGGUGGAGGAGGCCAGAAUCAAUCAGGGUUGGGCAGAGACAUGGCCAACAUCGCAGUGCAGCGAAUCAGGCAGCCAUUCAAGGAAGUGCUGAAGAGCGAGGAGACGAGCAAAAAUCAAAUUAAAGUAGAUCUUGUUGAUGAGAAUUUUACAGAAUUAAGAGGAGAAAUAGCAGGACCUCCAGACACACCAUAUGAAGGAGGAAGAUAUCAACUAGAGAUCAAAGUAUCAGAAACGUAUCCAUUUAAACCCCCUAAGGUCCGGUUUAUCACUAAAAUCUGGCAUCCUAAUGUUAGUUCUGUCACAGGGGCUAUUUGUUUGGAUAUCCUGAAAGAUCAAAGGGCAGCAGCAAUGAGUCUCCACACAGUGUUAUUGUCAUUGCAAGCACUGUUGGCAGCUGCAGAACCGGAUGAUCCACAGGAUGCAGUAGUAGCAAAUCAGAAUGCAGUAAUAGUGGCCUUGUCUUCAAAAUCAUGGGAUGUAGACUGCAACAGAAUUGCUUCUAAGUAA